GGGUUGUGGAGCAGGGGCUGUGGCCAAGCCAGCUGAUUUCCUGCCAAUUAUCAGUUGACCAUGGCCCCCUCUGACCCUCUGAAAACUGGGAGUGAUAAUUGCUACCUCACUGGAUGCACACCUGGCCCAACCUGCUGUCAUCCUCCCCUACAGGGCCUGGCCACCCUUCCCACAGAAUGCCUGAGGGCCCUGAGCUGCAUCUGGCCAGCCACUUUGUGAACAAGGCAUGCAGGGAGCUGGUGUUUGGCGGGUGUGUGGAGAAGUCACCUGUCAGCCGCAACCCUGAGGUGCCCUUUGAGAGCAGCGCCUACCACAUCUCAGCUUUAGCCCGAGGCAAGGAGCUGCGCCUGACACUGAGCCCCCUGCCUGGGGCCCAGCCCCCACGGGGGCCACUGGCCCUUGUCUUCCGCUUUGGCAUGACCGGCUCCUUCCAGCUGGUGCCCAGCGAUGCGCUGCCACCCCAUGCUCAUCUGCGCUUUUACACGGCUCCCCCUGGCCCCAGACUUGCCCUCUGCUUCGUGGACAUCCGUCGCUUUGGCCACUGGGACCUCGGGGGCAAGUGGCAGCCAGGCCGCGGGCCGUGUGUCUUGCUGGAGUACGAGCAGUUCAGGGAGAAUGUGUUACGAAACCUAGCAGACAAGGCCUUUGACCGGCCCAUUUGUGAGGCCCUCUUGGACCAGAGGUUCUUCAAUGGCAUUGGCAACUAUCUGCGGGCAGAGAUCCUAUACCGGCUGAGGAUACCCCCCUUCGAGAAGGCCCGCACGGUUCUGGAGGCACUGCAGCAGCACAGGCCGAGCCCGGAGCUGACCCUGAGCCAGAAGAUCAGGGCCAAGCUGCAGAACCCAGACUUGCUGGAGCUGUGCCACUCAGUGCCCAAGGAAGUGGUCCAGCUGGGAGGCAAAGGCUAUGGGCCGGAGAGCACGGAGGAGGACUUUGCUGCCUUUCGAGCCUGGCUGCAGUGUUAUGGCACGCCGGGCAUGAGCUCCCUGCGGGACCGGCAUGGCCGCACCAUCUGGUUCCAGGGGGAUCCUGGACCCUUGGCACCCAAAGUCCCCACUCCAACCCUUGGAGGCACUCCAGAGUGGGAGCAUGGGAAUCUAGAGGAAGGGGGCCGCGGCCACAAGAUCCUCCAACCCCAUCAGCAACAGUAUCCUGCAGGGGGAAAGUCCCGCAAGAAGAAAUCCAAGGGAGCACAGCGGGGUCCUGAGGACCAAGUGGAGGACCCUCCACCUCCAAACAAGGCCCCUUCAAGGACACAAAGGGCACGGAGAGGCCUCCCUGAGCAGACUGCGGCCCAGCAGCCCAAGGGGACCAGCCUCCAACGGGACCCAGAAGCCCCCUGUGUCCCUGAGAAAGGGAAGAGGAGGAGGCAACCAGCGACCUCAGGCCGCCGUAGACCCCAAAAGAUCAAGGCUGACACACCAUCCUUGGAGCCUGAGGAGACCUCAGCCUCUUAGCAGGAGGGUCUCCUUGCUUGCAUCCACCCCUGCCUGCUGCCCUGGAUCUGGCCUGUGCGGCUUCCUGGAAGUUGCAGGGGACUGGCUGCCCCUGGCCUUGUGGCCAUUCCCUAUACAACUAUGAUGUUUUUAAUUGUACCCACUGUCCCCAUUUUUUAAGCCCACGUGAAAAAGUCUGUAAUUUUUAGUAAAGUGAUAAAC